AUGACCAUGGAAUUGAGAGUGGGCAACAAGUACAGAAUAGGCCGUAAAAUCGGUUCUGGCUCCUUUGGCGACAUCUAUCUUGGCACAAGUAUUGUUAAUGGCGAAGAAGUGGCCAUUAAAUUGGAGUCCAUCAAAGCAAAGCAUCCACAGCUGGAAUAUGAGGCACGAGUAUAUAAGACAUUGGCGGGCGGAAUCGGCAUCCCUUUCAUCCGCUGGUUCGGAACGGAGUGCGAUUAUAAUGCUAUGGUGAUGGAUCUCCUCGGACCAAGUUUGGAGGAUCUGUUCAACUUUUGUAGUAGAAAGUUUUCGCUAAAGACUGUUCUUUUGCUUGCCGACCAACUGAUCUCACGAAUUGAAUAUAUUCACUCCAAGAACUUCAUCCAUCGUGACAUUAAACCUGAUAACUUCUUAAUGGGUAUCGGUAAGCGUGGAAAUCAAGUUUAUGUGAUUGACUUUGGUCUGGCCAAGAAAUACCGUGAUCCGAAGAGCCACCUGCACAUCCCUUACAGAGAGAACAAGAACCUGACAGGAACAGCUCGUUAUGCAAGUAUCAAUACCCACUUGGGAGUCGAACAAUCACGCCGUGAUGAUUUGGAGUCUUUGUCAUAUGUAAUGAUGUACUUCUGCAGAGGCUCAUUGCCUUGGCAGGGAUUAAAAGCUGCGACCAAGAAACAAAAGUACGAUCGCAUCAUGGAAAAGAAGAUGACUACUUCAACCGACAUACUAUGCCGUGGUUUCCCUCAGGAAUUUGCUAUCUACCUGAAUUAUGUUCGUUCACUUCGCUUUGAUGACAAACCUGACUACUCUUAUUUGCGCAAGCUGUUCCGCGAUCUGUUUGUCCGUGAAGGCUUCCAGUACGACUAUGUCUUUGAUUGGACCAUUUACAAAUAUGUAUGUAUCAACUGUUCUGCCAAUCAUGGCGACGAUUUUUGUUAG